AAAUGGGUUAGCGAAACCAAACCCUCACAUUUGAUUAUUUUCCCUCUUUCCAUGAGGUCUUGGAACCCUUUGAUCUUUGUGGUCAACUGUUUUCCCUCAAAAACUUGGCUUCAUCUCAUCACAAACCUCAAUCGUCUUCUUCUCAGAUCAAUAUCUUCAUUUCCAGCUAAUCUCUAUCCACUUUCACUGCACUCCUUCUCGGACUGCACAACAAAAACUCAUACUGAUGUUCAUCAUCAUCAUCAUCCUCAACGAUAACAACAAUCUCCCUUCAUGUCAAGCACCCACAUCCUUUUAAGGUCAUUUCUCUUCUGGGUGUCCCUCAAAAUCCCCAAUUUCCACCAAUUCUCGUAUGUUAUUUUGAAUCUUUCUGCUCGAAUUUCGGGUAGCAGUAGGCAUGGUAACUGGUUCUAACUCUAACCAUAAUCGCCAAGACGAUGGGGAGAAAAACCCAGCAACCAUGUCUAGAGGAGGAGGUGGUACGAGGUCGUGGGGCACUACAGUUUCUGGCCAAUCGGUGUCCACUAGCGGUAGCGUCGGCUCGCCUUCUAGUCGCAGCGAGCAAGCCAUAACCACACCAGCGAGCGAAAGCACUUUUCUUCGAUUAAAUCACCUUGACAUUCAUGGGGAUGAUGCUGGAUCUCAAGGCGCAGCCGGCAAUAAGAAGAAAAAGAGGGGCCAACGAGCCGUUGGAGCUGAUAAGAGUGGCAGAGGGCUCCGCCAAUUUAGCAUGAAAGUUUGUGAAAAAGUGGAAAGCAAGGGAAGAACAACUUAUAAUGAGGUUGCAGAUGAACUUGUAGCUGAAUUUGCAGAUCCUGGUAGUAGUGGAACAUCGCCUGAUCAGCAACAAUAUGAUGAGAAAAACAUACGAAGAAGAGUAUACGAUGCCCUAAAUGUGCUCAUGGCGAUGGAUAUUAUAUCCAAAGAUAAAAAGGAAAUACAGUGGAAGGGUCUACCUCGUACUAGCCUGAGUGAUAUUGAAGAAUUAAAGGCUGAGCGGCUUGGGCUGAGAAACAAGAUUGAAAAGAAAGCUGCCUAUCUACAGGAGCUGGAAGACCAAUACAUAGGUCUUCAAAACCUGAUACAGCGAAAUGAGCAGUUGUACAGCUCUGAAAAUGCUCCAAGUGGGGGUGUGGCUUUACCAUUUAUUCUGGUGCAGGUAAAUUUUCUAAUCUAUUCCUUUUAUUUAUGUAUAUGAAGUAGUGUUUAAGAUUACCAAUAAGAUUCCUAUAUUAUGAGUGUUUCUGAAUUUCUGCUCCAACUUAAUCAAAUUUUAAUUUCAUAUUUAAGUUGCGGACAUUAUUUGGUGGUCUGCUGGCUUAUAAAGAAGUACUUGAGACAUUGACGAAAUAAAUGAGGAAACAGUGUUACCAGAAAUCUAUUGUGUGAUUUGACUAUUAGACACUGUCUGCUGGACUGGCCCAAGCUUCUUCUUAAUGUCUACAGAGAUCUAAUGAACCUUGUUAUAUUCCAUCAGUUGAUCUCUGUAAUUUUCCAACCUCAUGAAUUCCAAACCUUGACCAGAGAACUUCAGUUUGAUUCUGAUUGUUUUCCAUUCUGUUUGUUUUCCAUUCUACAUGUAAUAUUCAUGUGGUGAAGAAACAACCAUGAAUGAUAUUUUUCCACAACUUUACUAGUGUAUGAUCAGCUUUACUUUUACCCUCUUCUGGUCAUACUAAACCAAAAUUUCUAAGAAAAGUUCAUGGGACUGCUACUUAUACAACCUAAGGUUUCUCAAGAUCUUUUCUGUAGUGACUUUCAUGUCUUUUUGUUCUUUCUUUUCUGCCUGAACGCUUGCUGUGCUGUGUAGUCUCUUCUGUAUGAAGAUUUUCGCGGUUGCUUUUGGAGGGUUGGAAUUAUGGGACCACAUUCUGUGCUAAGAUUUUCCUAGUUGGUUUUGGAGGCUCAAAGUUAUGGGAGCAUGAUUUCUCUUGUUUCCAUAUUCUCUUUGCUAUUUGUAAUUUAGUGCAGUAGUUAAUGUCAAAAACUAUAGCCACCUUCAUCUUUCUGAUAUGCUAUUAUUUGUUGUUUAUUUUCAUAUUUAAUUUCUUAUUGUGAGUCUCAUUGUUGUAAUCAUUUUGACAGUCCUUUCUGUUUGUUCGUACCAGCAACCUUGUGCUCUUUCUUUCCUUAGAGGAAAGAACACAAUGGUGCACCGAAAGGAUUAGUAAAUUAUUAAAAACAAUGAGUUUAAACAACUCGUCUCUUUCUCUCUCUCUCGCUCUCUACACACACAAAGCACACAUCAUGGUGCCUUACUGUAUUAAGGGGAUAGUGAUGCAAGAGAUUGUGUCAUAGGAAGCCUGAUUUUUCAAAUUUGAUCAGUAAUAAAUAAAGAAAAUUGCACGUUGGAUGUUGUUUGUCUCCUUCGGUGAUAAGAGUUAAAAUGUGAUUUUCUUUUCCUUCUUGAGGAAAGAGUUAUAAUGUGAUUGUGCAUUGUUGACUUUCUGAAAAUGUACCAUCAUGUUUCAACUUUUCCAGAUUUCAAAUCUGGGACCAUUCUUAGAGAAUUUGUACAAGCAUCAUUUUGAAAUAAAA